AUGAACGUAAUUCUCCAUCAACAUCGACGAAAAUUGACUUGGAUCCGAAAACUGAACGAGCUAGUUUCAGUCGCUUGGGAGAGUAUUAAUAAAAAGUGGACGAAAGAAUAUACAGAGAUUUCUGCUUACAAAAAUAGAAUUCCGCACAAUAUUGUCGCCGUUUCUGACAAUCGCCCUGUUGAGCGAACGUUUGGUCAAGCAUUUGAGCAUCUGAAACUCCUUGAUGAUGAAGAAAAGGCAGAAGCGUUGAUUUGGGAGGGAAUGAGACAACGUGAAAAUGAACGAGAGGAAGACAUUGAAGCUGAACGAAUGAAAGCUCUUGCAAUUUUGGAAAAUUCAUCAUGA